GAGAGGCUGGGAAAGUGUGUUGGGGGGAAAAGACCAGACUCCAUAGAGAAAAUGUGUAAUUUUAGAAAGAUGUUACGAUAACUUUGGAUUUCUUUUUCUGUUUUUUUUCUUUCUGGUGUGUUACUUAAUUCAUCUUCUCAGUGCUUCCACAUCUGAAAGUUAGAUUUUUAGAGAGUGUGUGUGAGUGUCUUUUCAUGUGUGUGUGUCAUAUAUAGUAAAAGUAAGUUAUGGAACUGGAGCGUUUAGGUGGCGGCGGGGUUAUACCCGAGAGGGGCAACAGUCGUCUCUACAAGAUAGCACUGGCCAUGUGUGUGUGUCUCUGUGCUGCUCUGCUGCUUGCACUCAUACUGGUUUCUCAGAAAUCCAGUCAGGAGGAGUUCUGUGUGACCCCAGAAUGCAUUGAAGCAGCGGGGUCUAUUCUGAGUAAAAUGGACCGGUCCAUUAACCCCUGUGAUGACUUCUAUACUUUCUCCUGUGGCGGUUGGUUGAAGGACAACCCGAUCCCUGAGGACUCCUCCUCGUACGGCAUCUACCCCUGGCUGCGGCAGCACGUAGACAUCAGACUUAAAGAAUUACUAGAAGCUCCUUCAGGCCCUGAUGAGCUGGAGGCUGUGACCAAGGCCAAGAUGCUCUACCGCUCCUGUAUGAAUGAAACGAUACUGGAGCAGAUGGACACCAAACCGAUGCUGAGAACACUCCGGCAGGCUGAGUUUCGGUGGCCCGUGGUGGGGGAUGGGCUCGGCGGGGAGUACCAGUGGUCGGCGGGGGAGUGGAGCCUCCUGAAGACGCUGGCGGAGAUGAGGAACCAGCACAGCAAGAGCGCCCUGAUUCGCCUGUACGUCUCUCCGGAUGACAAGAACUCCUUACAGUACAUCAUCAAGCUCGAUCAGGCGUCCUUGUCUCUGCCCUCCAGGGAAGACUACACCACCAACACUUCCUCCGCCCGGGCGUAUCGUGCGGCCUUGCUGAGUUUGAUGGUAGAUACGGCCGUCAUGCUGGGCGCUCCAGAGAAAGCAGCACUGACCCAGAUGGAAAAGGCUCUCGCCUUCGAGACCAAACUGGCUCAUAUCCUGAUUCCCUAUGAGAACCGCACCAGUGAGAACAUGUACAACAAAUUCACACUCUCUCGCCUGCAGCGCUCCAUCCCACAGUUUGAUUGGCUGGGCUUUGUGAAAGCUGUGGUGGAGUCUAAAGUGGACCCGGCUCGGUCCAUCUCCUCCUCUGAGCCCGUCAUCGUCCGAGCGCCGCAAUACUUCAAGGAACUUUUCAAGCUCAUUGAAACCACUGACCCCAGGACUGUAGCGAACUACGUACAAUGGAGGACAGUUUUUUCCAGGAUCACCACCCUGAGCCGCCGCUUCCUGUACAGAUACUUGGACUAUGCUCGGGUGACCACAGGCACCACUUCUCUGACCCCGCGCUGGGACAAGUGUGUUAACUACGUGGAAAACUCGCUUGUUUAUGCCACCGGGCGCCUCUUUGUCAACACACACUUCCAGGAGGACAAGAAACACAUGAUGGAGGAGCUGAUCGAGGGCGUUCGCUGGGCGUUCAUCGACAUGCUGGAGAAAGAGAACGACUGGAUGGACCAAACAACCAAGGACAGCGCAGUGGACAAGGCUCACGCAGUCCUGGCUAAAGUUGGAUACCCCGAGUUUAUUCUGAAUGACACCUACCUCAAUGAAGAUUUAAAGCAGCUAGCAUUCAGUGAGAAGGACUACUACGGGAACGUGAUGCAGACGUUGAAGUUUAUCGCCCAGUCUGAUAUCGCCUGGCUUCGAAAGACCGUCCCACGUACAGAGUGGUUCACAAACCCAACGACUGUAAACGCCUUCUACAGUUCCUCCACGAAUCAAAUCAGAUUUCCCGCCGGAGAGCUUCAAAAACCCUUCUUCUGGGGCCGAGAGUAUCCAAGGUCUUUGAGUUACGGAGCCAUCGGGGUGAUAGUCGGACACGAGUUAACACACGGCUUUGACAACAAUGGUCGCAAGUAUGACAAAAACGGCAACCUGGAUCAGUGGUGGACCAACCUCUCCGUAUCAGCCUUCAAUAAUAAGACCCAGUGUAUGAUCGACCAGUACAAUAACUACCACUGGGACGAGGCAGGCCUCAACGUGCGGGGCAAGAGGACGCUGGCAGAAAACAUAGCAGACAAUGGAGGCAUUAGAGAGGCUUUUAGGGCGUACAGGCGGUGGGUGGAUAAGAGCAGAGGUGGCGUGGAGGAGCCUCUGCUGCCUGGAGUCGGACUGAACAACAACCAACUGUUCUUCAUGAGCUACGCACAUGUGAGAUGUAAUGCAUACAGACCAGAAGCAGCCAGGGACCAGAUCCAGAGUGGAGCUCACAGUCCACCGAAAUACAGAGUUAUCGGAGCUAUGAGCAACUAUGAAGAGUUUCGGAAAGCGUUCAGCUGCCCUGAAUCAUCCAUUAUGAACCGAGCUGCACAGUCCUGCCGGGUGUGGUGACCUUUGACCUCAGCUUGACCCUGAACCCGGCCAGAGCUGACAGCAGGACGUCUGUCGAUAAGACUGAUAAUGCUGGACUUGGCCAACAUAGUUUACAUGAUGUGGGAGCAAUGCAAAAAUGAGUUCUUCUCACUGAAAAAAUAAACUCAUGUUACGGUAAGAGUGGAAAAUGUUAUAGAAUAAAGCUAUUUUUAAUGGACUACUGUAUGCUACAAAUCUGUAACUUUUUCCACAAGUACUUUUACUGCAUACGAUGCAGUUGCAUUUGUUAAGGACCACAGAUUAUGGAUUAAAGAAAAGUUGUAAAAACAGCCCUAGAUAUACUGUAGGUGUGACUUAAUAAAGCUAGAACGUUUUUGUAUGGGAAUAAAAAAUGUAUAUAUUUAAGUAAAGGUAGAUUGAUUUGUUUUGUUUCUACAGAAACUUUAAUGUCAAGUGUUAUGGUAACUGUGGUGAAUACACAGAAAUAUAUCAGGUCAAUAUCUCCGUAUAUUCUUUAGCACCCAUGUUGAUGAUUUCCCCGAGAUUGAUUAAUGUUUGAGCUUAGAUAUGAGCAAAAAAUGGGAAAUAGAAUCCAAUUUACUCUUAAACCAUUUUUUUUCUUUUUAAUUCAUUGUGAAAUCUUAUCAUAAUUCUAAUUUUGUUCUCGCAGGAGAGUUCAUAAAUAAAAUAAUGUCAUAGUGUUGCAUAGUUUUAAGACUUAAAGAUGCUAUUUGGAAUUUUCAGAAAAUCCUUGUUAUUACUGCCACCGGUGGCCGUUAAGUGAACUGCAGUCAGGUACUCAGGAGCAAGCAUGAACGCCAUAUCAUUUGCAGGAAACUGAGCCUGUGUUCUUUAAAAAUAAAUAAGUUCAAAGGUUGCUUUCUACAAUCAAGAAAGUUAAAGAAGGUCUCAGUUUAUAAGUUACGUUAUAAUUCGGUCAGGCAUUUAAAAAGUUAUUAUUUCCUGGAAAUUGCUUCACACAGUAUCCUUAAAAGGAGGUUAAACGACUUUAGAUUUGGUAUGUUAUGUAUUGUGUGUGUGUGAGAGAGAGGG